GAUAAAAAAAUAUUGGCAACUUAUUCAAAAGAUCUGUUUGAAUAAGGGAAUAGUAAAAGUAUAAAAUUGGUGGAUGGAAUAAUUUUCUUAUCAAUUAGAGAGCUCCUGUUGACACAGUUGGCAAAUAUCAUAUAUUGGUAAAAUGUCGAGUGGUUAGAAACUCUUUAGGACCCACCUCGUGUGAUAUGUAAUCAACCUCCCAUGAGAAAGUUCAAUUUAAGGUUCCUGCAUCCAAGCUUUUGCUGCUAAAACUCCCAACUCCCUCUGUAUGGAUCCAAGACUUCAACAGGCUGCUGAAUCCGGUAGCAUCAAUGACUUGUAUGCUUCGAUUGAUGAGAAUCCGUAUCUUUUGGAGAGCAUCGAUGCCGUACCAUUUGUGAACACUCCCCUUCACAUAGCUGCAGCUUCUGGGAAAAGAGCAAUUGCCGCAGAGAUUCUGAAUCUUAAGCCGUCCUUUGCGAGAAAGCUGAACACAAAUGGGUACAGUCCGUUACACCUUGCUGUGGAAAAGGACCAACAAGAGUUUGUCACGUGGCUGCUCAGGCUUGAUCCCGGCCUUUCUCGCGUUAAAGGGAGAGAAGGCAUCACGCUGUUCCAUCUCCUAGUGAUAAGAGGGAACGUCGAUCUUGUGGUAGAGUGCCUCAUAACUUCCCCUGAAUGUAUUAAAGAUGUGAGCGUGAAUGGCCAAAAUGCUCUGCAUCUUGCUGUGAUGAAUGAUAGGUUUGAAGUUCUCCAAGUCCUUACCGGGUGGAUCCAGAGAAUGAGCCAAAGAAACGCUCUCCCUACCGAGUAUGCUUUUCUGAAUAAAUCGGAUCUAACCCACAACACGGCUUUGCACCUUGCAGCAUAUAAGAAUGAUCAUCAGGCGGUGAGACUGUUACUAGAAUGUAGGAUGGUGCAACGGAACGAAGUGAAUGGUGAUGGUUUAACAUUCCUUGAUAUCUUAAGAAGACAGGGACAUAUUGAUGAAGGUGGAGACUUGGAACAAGUUGCUCUAAAAACCGGCUGCAAGGAAGCAUCUUCUCUGCCAAAAAUGAUGAAAACGUAUGACUUGUUCAAAUCACCAAUCACAUUUUUGGCCUACUGCUCCACACACACAAGACGCAUAAGUUCUGACACUUCAGAGGAAGCUCGAGGAGUCUUCUUGAUUAUAUGCACUUUACUAAUCACAGCCACUUACCAAACCGCUCUCCAGCCUCCAGGAGGUGUAGACCAAUCCGAGGGUCAUGCGGUGAUGAAACAUACAUUCUUCAUCGUCCUAUGGGUUUCUAACACUAUAGGCUUCUGCUGCGCUAUAUUCUACACCUUUUGUCUUUUACCAGCUAGAGGCUUGUUGACACUAUGGUUCUUUUAUAUAGGAGUGCCUCUAUGCGUCUCUUAUGCCCUUGCAAUGGCUGUAAUCUCACCCCACCCUUCACUGUUUCUCUCCGCGUGCUUUGCCUUGUACCUGCUGUUUCCUCUAUAUGUAUUGAUGGAAGUUUUUGUAAGGCAAUGGCGUAGUCAUCAGACGGUAACACCUGAUCCCCUGUUUAGCUGGUUUUGGAAGGUUUGAUACAACAUUUUGUCACCUUACUGCAGUAGAAUCGGGUACUUUGAAAAUGCAAAUAUACAAAUCCGUAAACAUAUGCAAUGUCCAUUGUGAUAAUGUUUCAUUCCAUGUAAUAAUUAAUUGGCUUUGUAUAUACAUGUUAGUAAUGUCAUAAUGUUCCAGGAAGAAAAAAAAAGAGUGUUUGUGAUA